GAGGUAUGUUACCCCUUUGCUGCCCAUUGGCCGCCGCUCCCCUUCUUUUUGUUUUUUUUUCCUUCUCUUACCCCCCCCCCCCUCCCCAAUUCUCCCUCGCUUGGAGUUGUUUUUGUCUUUAGCGCCGCAGCUGAAGAGCGAGAGCCCGCCUGCGCGGCCGGCCGGCGGAUCCUCCUGAGCAGUGCUCCCGCCGCGGAUCCUCCCGGCGACUCUCGCUCGCCCAGCCAUGCUUCUCUCCCGCCAGGUGGACUUGGAGGCGGCUGAGGCGCUGAUCAGCAUGAGCUUCUGGGGUCAAAGUCUGCCGGAGCCCCGUCCGCUGACUCCCACCUCCGACUCGUGUGACUCUGCCCCCACACACUCGCAUGGCACGGCUUCAGCCAAUGAGAUGGUGGCAUUGUCAUCACUGUGCAUGACUCCGCCUCGCAGUCCCAGCUCAGGUGAGGCUGACGGCACCGCAUCCGUCCCACGCCGCCUUCCCGAUGACUCUGCUGCAACUUCGGCAUUGCCGCCGGAGGACGGCACCGCUACAGCGACCGGCGUGAUACGGCGUCACACCACCGACAGACUCGGAGCGCCACCCGCCCCCGCGAAGAAUCCUCCAGCGGCUCCCCAGCUUUCAUCGCCGUCUUCCUCGCCGCCACCCCUUGUGUCGCCACUCCUGUGCCAGCUUUUCCCACUCGGUGGGCGUCCAGCACUGGUCUCCACUUUGGUGCCGGCGCGGGGCGUCUCCCUGCUGAGUUCGGCCAUGCCGCAGGGUGCCGUCGUGCUGGUGGUCCCGCACGCCCAAACGCCAAUGAUGCCGGGCGGCGCCAAGCUCCUCCCUCUUGCGCCGACACCGGUUUACUCGCCGCCGGGCGCCAGCAGCAGCGUCGGCCAGGACUCGACCCGACGACGCAACUACGUGUGUGAGUUCCCGGGAUGCCGCAAGACGUAUUUCAAGAGCUCACACCUCAAAGCGCACCUGCGCACGCACACGGGCGAGAAGCCGUUCAGCUGCCGGUGGGAAGGUUGCGACAAAAAAUUUGCCCGAUCCGACGAACUUUCCCGCCACCGCCGCACACACACAGGUGAGAAGAAAUUUGCGUGCGCUGUAUGCGCACGUCGUUUCAUGCGCAGCGACCACCUGACCAAACACACACGCAGACAUGCCAGUGCUAAGAGGCCCGUCGCCACUGCCGCCGCCUCCUGGACCGCCACUCAAGACUCAGGCGCACUUCCUGCUGGCCUCAAGGUCACUUCAGGGUGGGUUGAGGGGGAGGAGCCUCAUAGAUGCUGAGUUGCAAGUCGCUCUGCCUAUUUUGUAUUCCAAAUCCUCAUCACAACUUUUCAACUUUGACCUCAGACCGUCUGGUAGCUGCUCACUAACAUUAGUGUCACACACUGGUGACCUUUUGUGCGGAAAAAAAAAUGUUGAAGAAGUUAAUGUCAGCUCAUGUCUUCUGGCGGAGGUCAUAAAAACAAGCGCGUAUCGUCGUGUUCGGACUAAAACGUGACGCAAAAGACACCUCACUCAGGAUUUUUUUUUCAACUUAUUGACGACAACAAGAUGGCGGCCAGCUCCUUGUUCACGGACACAAACGAUAAUGUGACAUUGCACUACAUUUUUUUAACAUGUAAAGCUUGUUUUUGUACUCUUUCCUGUCAUGUUUGUAUACAAGAUGUUUACUUUCCUGUUGCAUUUGUGUACCAAAGCAAAAAUGUCAUGAUUUCUUCUUAAUGACGUGCAUACGUGACCUUCUGUAUAUAAUGUUAUCUGUUGAGUAUCUCCACCAUAAACUGUUGAUGUUCUCACUGUGAUACUACCUACUACUACUAAUACUACGUGUGAGUGCGUAAAUAUUUUGAUGAUGUAGCCUGGAAGAAAAUACCUCAUGUUAUUGCUUGUGUAGGAAAAUAAGUUGUUUUUAUAAUAAAUUGUACCACAAGACAUGA